AUGACGCUAAACAAAAUCAACCAAUCAACAUUAACAUUUUUUCUUUCCUUAUUUCUUUUCUCCCUUCUUUAUUUUAUUUCUUUCUUUCUGUUACCUUCUUUUUAUUUUUAUUACUUCUUCAUUUUUUUUUCGUUUCUUCCUUUUCUCCUUCCUUACAUUUUUCUUUCUUUUCUUCUUUCUUUUAUGCCUUCCUGUAUUCUUUUAUUCUUUUUCUUAUAUUUCGUUUCGUUCUUCUGUUUACAUAAUUAUAAAACUCAAGUUUCAUCUUAUCGUUGCCUUUCUUUUCUCUCUCUCUUUUUUUUCCUCGGUUUCAUCCCUUUCUUUUUUAUAUACAGCCUCUUCUUUUUUAUUCCUUUUUUAAAUAUUUUCUCAUUCAUUCAAUUUCUCAUUUCUUUCUUCGUUUUUCUCCUAAACACUCAAUUUUUUUCUUCCAUCUUUUCGCUUCUUUAUCUCUUCUUCUUUUCCAACUUUUAA